UUGCUUUUGUCAUUAUCAAUACAGUGUCUCUUUCCCACCAGCUUUAUGUUGAUUCCAACAUCAACAAGAAUCAGCUGUGCUGUAGAAGUGUGUCCGUGGGAAUGACUGUGAAGGCCCAACUUCAUGGUGUAGGAAAACAAGCUAUUUUUGAACUAUCAGUCUAGCUGUUGCAAAGUGGAAUUCAGCACAGCUUAAUUUACCCCGUUUCUGGACUGAGGUUUAUAUCCUGCAUUGCAUUCCAUUUUGCUGAAGCAAAAUUGUUAGCAACACCCAACUAAAACAAGCACCAAAUGUUUACUCCCCAUCACUGCCACUGCUUUGACUGCAGUGUAAACGCACCUCUAAUGACUUGGCCAAUAAGAGGGGAAAAUCAUGUGUCAGAGCCAAGCACAGAAACAGGAAUUUCAGCUGCCAGCCAGCUCAUUAGAUCACACUGUGUGCCUCUAAUGAAAUGCAUUGAUUUGUGACUCCUACAAUAGCAUUUUUAGGAAAUCAUUUCACAGGCUCUUUAUUUGUGUCUUGGAACAGACUGAUGAGGUGGGAAAACUGAAGCAGACAUGCACUGAUUACAAAUCUAGAACAAAGUUUUAAGAAUGAGGCUAACUAACCAUUGGAACAACUUUUCUGAGGAUGUGAUGGGUUUUCCAUCAUAUCCUAUUGCAUAGUCAAUACUACUUAGCUGUAUAAAAUAUGUGCUAUAGCUCCAGCAGGAGCUCUGUUUUUAUCUAGAAAUGAUUGAAUUCUUUGCUUUCUGUUAUACAAAAGAUCAGACUGUGGUGUUGUACCAGUCCCUCUUGAUGACAAAAAACUAUGAACCUGUGACAGCCGUUGAGUCUAGGUGUUUCUGAUUCUUUGCAGGAGCAGACUGAGAUCCCAUAACGGGUAGAUUUAAAACUGGCAAAAAAAAAAAAAAAAGUCAUAAAAGGGAUUACCAAAUUGUAAAGACGUACUCUGCAGAAGUGGACACUGAUUCUGACACUGACAUAAAGUACUAUGAUGAAAUAGAAAGUUCAGAAAGCCAAUGAAACUACAAACUUGCAGCAUUUCAAAACAUCUGGUAAGAUCUCACAGAAUGUCUUGACAGUCAAAAAGAAAGAAAGAAGUGAGGCGAGUCCAUGCUCAUCUUGUGCAGGUUUUAGCAUUCUUUGAAGAGCAUCCCUCCUUCGGAUAGUCUUAUAUUGCAUAUCUAGAAAUGGAGGCAUUUGGAAUCUUUAAGUGAAUCCUCUGUGUAAAUACAUUUGAUUUUUUUGAUUUGCUUUCUAUGCGUUUUUGAAUGUUUCAAACAAUAAAGGUUAAACAGAAAACAACUAACUAAGACUUGCUUGGGGAAAAAAAAUGUAAAGUUCUGUUAAAACUAAUGGCAAGCUUCUAUGUUCAUUUUUGUGCUUGUUCCAGUUCAAUCUUCAUGCCUGUUAUACCACAGACGUGCUGUCUAGCAACGUAAGCUGUUCAUGUUUAAAAACAGAAUUCACCUUUAAAUGUGCUUUGACUAAAAAAAUGCCUGGUGAGGUCAUUCGCAGAGCAAGAGUUAAUGCAUCAUACAAACAGCUAAAUAAAGGUUACAAUCUGAGUGGAAUUAUUCGGAGCUCAGGCAGAAAUCUGGCAUUUGCAGUCUGUCACUGGCUUUAGGAAGUCUGGCUCGCUCGGUGUCACUGCCGCCCAGACACAUCCUGCUGGCUGUGUGGCAGUGAGGGAGGGGACAGCAGCGUUGGACGUCUUCCUGCAAAAACAGCACAAACAGGAGCAGGGGGUGAAUGGUACACGGAAGUGUCAUGUGUGAAGAAUGUGAGGAAUGCCGGGAUGGCUGAAGAACUGAUGUCUGGAGAGUAUAUGGUCUCUGGUACACCUGGGAUGCAGAGCUGAGUAGAGGGCUAUGAAGAGCUGUGUGCCUCUUGGGAUCUGCCAGCUAAGUAUUGCUCCUGAACCCCUGGGCUGUGCAGUCCCCAGAGCUAUUGGUACACCUGCGUCUCAUGAUGGAAGCACAGCGUGGGAGAAGCACCUCUCUCACACCCUUAUUCCACGUGGAGCUGCUCUGAGCCCUCUAGCGACUGCUCCUUCUCAUGAGAGCUUUCCAAAUUCAUCUGAUGUGAAGCUGCUGGGAGCUGGAAUUCCUGGUGAACUUCAUGCCUUGAUGGAGCUGCUGAAGAUGCUGCCGUGGCGCCGUGCUUUCCUGGCAGUUAUCCUGAACCUGCUGGCACUCAGCCUCUCCACCACCGCCUUGCUCAGCAGCUACUGGUGCACCGGGACCCAGAAAGUGCCCAAGCCUUUGUGUGGGAAGAGCAAAGACUCUAAGUGCAUCGGUGUCCCCAUUACGCCUGAUGCAGCUGCUAGCAAUGCUUCAGCCCAGGAGGAGGUGCAUUACAGCUGGGAGACCGGGGAUGACCGCUUUUCCUUCAGAUACUUCCACACGGGGAUGUGGCUUUCCUGUGAAGAGAGCAUGGAAGGGCCAGAGGAGAAAUGCCGUAGCUUUAUUGAGCUUUCUCCACCUGCAGAGAGAGGAAUCCUGUGGCUGUCACUGGGGUCAGAGAUGCUGUACAUCAGCCUCUUGCUCAUCAGUUUCAUCCUCCUGAUGGUGGAAAUGCUGCACACCGGCAAUCCUGUCUGUGGACUGAAGCUCAAUGCCUUUGCUGCUGUCUCCUCAGUGCUGUCAGGUCUCCUUGGGAUGGUGGCACACAUGAUGUACAGCCAAGUCUUCCAAGCCACAGUUAAUCUGGGGCCAGAGGACUGGAGGCCGCACACAUGGGACUAUGGCUGGGCUUUCUACAUGGCCUGGACCUCCUUCACCUGUUGCAUGGCUUCUGCUGUCACCACUCUCAACACCUACACCAAGACAGUGCUGGAGUUCAAACGCAACCACAUCAAGGGCUAUGAUAUGAGCUUCAAGGAUCAGCCUCAGCACCACCAGUACUUCAUACAGCAGCAAAUAAGCAGCUACUAUGAGUCUCGAGACAAGCCCCUCCAUUCAGUGUCCGAGGGAGUUGAUUUCUACUCUGAGCUGCAGAAGAAAGUGCUGCAGCGGGAACCAGAGCUGGACCUGGAUGAGGUCUUGGGACAGACAAUUGGAGAAGACCAGUGUUAGGGAUGAAUGCACAGGGGCUGAACAGUGGGGUUUGGGAAGCAAAAAGCUCUGAACCAAACACUAACACUACUGUUAGCAAGUUCUUGGGGGUGCUCUUCCUUUCUCUAAUGUUCAGGUGGUGAGAAUAAGAAAAGUCAGGCAUUGGAACAGGGCAACAGCAGUGCCAAUAGGAGGCAAGACAGGUCCUCUCUGAUCACAGCCUGAAAGGUGUCUUCAGCUGGGAACGACGAAACUGAGGGUAAAUGUCAUUGGUGCCAUCUGUAUCCAAGCAUUGUCAGACAGAACUGAGGCAGGUGCCCUAAUCCCAACAGCACUGCACUAAGUUAAAAAUAGACUCAGCCCAACCCAGCUGGCAAAUUGCAUUACUGGGCCUCUUUGGGUGGAGUCACAUUGCCAUUCCAGCAACCUCUUUGGUUCAGUGCUAAGAUGUAGGUCAUAGGUGCUCAUACUGAGUUGCUGCAGUCCUCCCUGAAGACCCUAUUUAUUCUUCAUUUGUAGGCCCAGUCUCCUGUCCUACAGAUUAAAAGUGCUGCUGGAGUAGAAAUGGGAGGUUGCUUUCAAAUAUCUCCUCUCCAAUCUCUUAUCUGUAAAGGUUCCUAUAUGCACCUUCCUUGCUUUGCCCCCUCCAGCUCCCAUUCUGAGAUACUUUCCUGUCUGACACUUUCUUUUGUGCUUCUCUAUAUCCUUUAAGAAUCCUAGGCUGAACUUCUGCUUUUUUGUUUCUCUUCAGUUGUCCCUUUUCCCUUUAUGUAAAA